AUGGCAAUUGCGGCGGCGAUGGUGAUUGUGCCGUUGGGCGUGCUGUUCUUUAUAUCUGGGCUCGUCAUUAAUUUUGUCCAGGCAGUGUGUUUUCUGCUGAUAAGGCCGUUCUCAAAGAGCACAUAUAGGAGGAUAAACAGGGAGGUGGCCGAACUUUUGUGGCUGGAGCUCGUGUGGCUUGUCGAUUGGUGGGCUGGUGUGAAGAUUGAAUUGUUUGGUGACUCUGAAGCCUUCAAAUUAAUGGGUAAAGAACAUGCACUUGUCAUAUGUAACCACAAAAGUGACAUUGAUUGGCUUGUCGGAUGGAUUUUGGCUCAGAGAUCAGGUUGCCUUGGUAGCUCGUUAGCUGUUAUGAAGAAAUCAUCAAAAUUUCUUCCUGUGAUUGGAUGGUCCAUGUGGUUUUCUGAAUAUCUCUUUCUCGAAAGAAACUGGGCAAAGGAUGAAAGCACCUUGAAGUCAGGACUUCAACGGCUAAGGGAUUUUCCUCGACCAUUUUGGCUGGCGCUUUUUGUUGAGGGUACUAGAUUCACUCAGGCAAAACUUUUAGCUGCUCAGGAAUAUGCAUCCUCAACAGGGUUACCUGUUCCAAGGAACGUUUUGAUUCCUCGUACUAAGGGCUUUGUUACUGCAGUAAGUCAAAUGCGCCCAUUUGUUCCUGCUGUGUAUGAUUUUACCAUUGCUAUUCCCAAAACGUCUCCUGCACCUACCAUGUUACGGAUCUUUAAUGGCCAAUCUUCUGUGGUGCAUGUCCACCUUAAGAGACACUUAAUGAAGGAUUUGCCGGAAUCAGAUGAUGCAGUUGCUAAGUGGUGUAAGGAUGCCUUUGUUGCCAAGGACAAAUUAUUAGACAAGCACAAUGCUGAGAAUUCUUUUGGCGAGGAACUUCAGAACACUGGUCGGCCUGUGAAGUCCCUUCUGGUUGUAUGUUCUUGGGCAAUUCUACUGGUUUUGUGCGUGAUGAAAGUUAUCCAGCAUUUUUCGAUUUUCUCCUCGUGGAAAGGGGUGGCCUUUUCAGCCAUUGUUUUGGGAGUCGUCACUAUUCUCAUGCAAAUCUUGAUUCAGUUCUCGCAGUCCGAGCGUUCGACCCCAGCAAAGGUGGCGCCUUCGAAACCUAGGAAUGGUGUGGGGCCCACCUGA